AUGUUGUUCGUUUUUUUUUUCUUUUCUUUUCUUUUCUUUCUUUGUAGCAGGAAGACGCCAAGCUGGUGUUACAGAGGACGGCCUUCACCAGGACGGGCUCAUAGGAAGAGAAGGCAUCGAUCCGUGGAAAAGGACGAGAGGCUUCGCUUCCUGGCUGCUUCGUCCAACGGGAGCUGCAUGCGAGCGCCGGGUUGGGCCACUGAGUGCGCGCAGCAGAAGCCAAGGGACAACAACUUAGCUCGCUGGCCAGCUGGCGGCCUUGCUCUUGGGCUGCUGAAUGUCUGGCUUGAUCGGCAGCUGGCGGUUGCUGUCGUGGAGCAGUCGAGGGACGACGAGGACGAAGUUGAAGACGAGGACCAGGUUGGCGACGAGGUUGAAGACGGGAUGGCAGGAUGGGAUAUACAGAGGACAUGA